UUUGUGUCAAGUAUUUUAAUUGUAUGUAUGCAUAAAUUUCCCAGGUGACCUAUUAUGAUUCAAAAUAUGGAGCAUGCAUCCAGAACACAUUGUGUGAGAUACUGUUUCCCACAGUGCAAGUCUCUGACUUGACCUUACAUUGUGAUGAACCUAUUUUACACAAAACUGGAUUUAUUCAGGAGUAUUGCACACUUCACUUUUUUGACAAACAUUGUAGGUCAUCCUUGCAUUUCAUCAUGCAUACUGACAUUCACAUACUAUGCAGAUUUCAAACUUUAUACUUUAUUGCUGUAAUCCUGGACUGUUUUUUUUUUUUUUUUAAUGGUAAGCAUUAUUUAUUGUAUAAUGCAUAGUAUGUAGUACACUAGCAUUCCUAUGCAAUGGUUUAAACCAUCCAUGCAUACAGAAAAUGUACAUACUGUGCAUAUUUUAUACUUCAUAUUUCACAUACUGGCUUUUUUUUUUUUAAAUAGUAUGUAUACUGCAUAGAAUACGCUGCAUUAUAACGUUUAAAACGUUUAUAACGUUUACUUUGUAACGUUUUAAACCAUGUGAUAAAUGGCGCCCUCGUGUGGCUGUAUGGUUGUACUGCAGCUGCGUCUUUGUUCAGAGUUUCCGAUGCUGUCCGAAUGUUCCCGACGGUUUCCGACACUCGCCGCCAGUCGUGCCAGUUUUUCCGCCCUGUCCGCGUCUCGGAGCCGGGGAUCUGCUUCCGUCCAUGGCCGUCAUCUUUGAAGCAGCGGCAUCGAGGCUUUAUUUACCAUCCUUGAAGGCGUUUGUUUGGUGUCACUCGCGGCGAAUCAAAGGCGUCAGAUCGGCCGGAGUGAAGCGGCGAGCUUUUGUUUCUGCGGAGAGACGCUUACUGCGCUGGACUGAACGGGCCGGACGAGUCCAGAACGCAUCAGAACCACAUCAGACCAGACCGAGCCAUCAUCAUCUCCAUCAUCAUCAUCAGUGUGGAUGUGCUGGAGUUCAGCUGAUGUGAUCAGCGGCUCAUCUGGAAACAGCAGCAGAAGCAGGUAAUUUCUGCUCGUCUGUCUCAGGGUGAGCAGAGGAAGAGAGAGAGGGAGAGACACAGACAGUCGUCUAUCUUUCUCUCUCUCUCUCUUUCUCCCUCUUCACCUGCGGCCGCAUCAGCAGCGUCUCAGUAAGGCUCUGCUCUGCUUUCUCUGGCGCAGCUUCUGUCCAAACAAUGACGUCACCCCCAUCGCCACUGGCCUCCCCGUCCCCGUGCCCACCUCCCCCUCCCUCUCUCCCAUCCUCCCCCACGCCCUCCUCUCCCGCCCCGUCCUCGCUCCCCCUGCCGCCCGCUCUGCCGCCCACCGGAGAGGUCAUGAUUCUGGCUCUGGGCCGUAAGAAGCAGCGGCUCCUCAUCGCUCUCUCCAUUCUGCCCAGCCUCUUCCUGGCGUUCCUGCUGUCCUCUGACCCGCUCCUGACCCUGGACUUACCCUUCCACUGUCAUCUCCCGGGACCCUCGCCCACUCCUCAGGUGGCCAACGCCUCCUUGAGAGCGGAGAAAGGAGACCAAGAGCUGCCCCAGUGCAAGCAGUACAUCAACGGCACGUCGUCGGGUGUGAAGGACUGUGACGCGGGAUACGACUACAACGUCACCGAAGGGCUGGCCAAUAAUAUCGUCAGAGAGUGGGAUCUAGUAUGUUCGCGGUACUGGCUGGUUCCAGUAGAGGAGGUGUGCUUCAUUCUGGGGACGCUGACGGGCUGUCUGGGUUUGGGCUACAUGGCUGACCGGCUGGGCAGGCACAAGUCUCUGAUGGUCUCUCUGAUGUUGGCGGUGGUGUUCGGAGUUCUGGUGUGUGUCUCGCCCUCACCGCCCGUCUUCAUCACCAUGCGCUUCUGUCUGGCCGCGGCGAGCGCCGGCGUCUACCUCACGCUGUACGUCACACGUCUGGAACUGUGUGACCCGUCCCUGCGGCUGCUGGCGACGAUGAUGUCCGGUCUGACCGUGUUUGCGGGCGAGCUCCUGCUCCUGGCCGUGGCCCUCGGCUGUGGCUCCUGGAGGGGCCUGUUAGGAACCGGAGCUGCUCCUCUGUCCUUGUUCCUGUGCUACGGGAUCCCGGGAGUGUUUCCCGAAUCGCCACGCUGGCUUCUUCUCUCCGAGAGGACGGGGGACAUGAAUUCCUUCACUGAGCGGAGCGAGAGGCAGAGAGAUGACGACAGCUUCACGGAGUUGGACACAGAUUCGUCCUCGUCUCCUGGACGUCCUCGUCUGUCCUUCCCGGAGCUGCUGCAUAGCAGAAACAUCUGGAAAAACCUGUGUGUGCUGGGAUUCACUUCGUUCAUCUCUCACGGCAUCAGUCACUGCUACAGCUCCUUCAGAGGCGACGUCAGAGGAUUCACCCCCAGUUUCUAUUGGACGUACCUGCUGUCUGUGUGUGCAGGGGGCGGGGCCUGGCUGUUGCUCUGGGCAACAGUGGACAGGUUUGGUCGUCGUGGAAUUCUACUUCUCGCCAUGACCUUGACCGGAUUGGCCUCCCUAAUUCUGCUCGGAUUAAUGGACUAUCUGAGUGAGUCAGCCAUGACUGUGUUCUCCAUAAUGGGCCUGUUCUCGUCCCAAGCGGCCGCCUCCCUCUCUAUUCUUUUCACCGCUGAAGUCAUGCCCACCAUCAUCAGAGGAAGUGGGGUGGGAGCGGUCAUGGCGCUGGGAUGUGUGGGCCGCCUCAGUUCUCCUCUAAUGGAUCUGCGUAAUCACUACGGCUAUUUUCUCCACCACGUGGUCUACUCGUCUCUAGCCCUGCUGGCGGUUCUCUCCAUCCUGCUUCUCCCAGAAAGCAAACGCAAACCCCUUCCACAGACGCUGGCGGAUGGAGAACAGUACCGGCGUCCUCCACUGGUCCGAAGACGUAGGGAUAACGUUCCUCUUCUGGCUACGCCCAACCCGGAGACCUAGGCCUUCGUUCUUCAACCGCAAAUAUUAAGGGACUGACCUCGGAGUCCCGUCCUAAUAAUCCUGUAUUUGUAGUCAUUCCUAACACGUGCCGGUGGAGUCGUCGCACAUGGACUCCAUCAUGAAGUGUGAGGGGUGAAGGAUACCGAAAUGCGUCCACAGAGUAUGCCAAACACUCGUCAACGCACAGUGGCGUAAUUAAACACUGAAGUCUGACCCAUGUAGCAUUUGGUGACUUAUUAGUAAAAUAUUAGACCAAUAUGAGACAAGGGCUCAAAAUGACAUAAUAUAUUUAUCCUUUUGAAAACAGGCUUAAGUUCUCACUCCAGAAAGUGGAUGGAAUUGGUUCUCUUAGUUCUCAUUGCUGCUAAGAAUGGCACGCCCAGACGUUCGCUGAAAGACUGAUCGACACGUUGGGCGAAAAACGCUGAGGAUUGUUUAUGUGCACUCCAAAUGCACUGAGGCAUGAUACAAGAAACACUUAUUAUUGUAUGUUACAUGUCACUCUUUGUUAAAGGAAUAUUAUAGGAAUGCAACUUGAGUUGUAUGUGCAGCUGGGAUGUGUUGACAGUUACUCCAGAUUUUAUUUUGACACGUCUCUAUUGCACAGAACCGAUCAAAAAUAUAUAUCCUUAAUAUUUCUGCUUCAUCCUGUUUUAAAUAAAAUCAAUUUUGUCAAUUUGACAGCUUAAGUUGCAGUAAACCUCUAAUAUUCCUUUAAUAAGGCUGAUUGAAAUGGCACUGCUCAUAGCGUCCCUUAUUUCUGUUACUUACCUUGAAGAUCAAGGCUAAGGAGUACGACAGCAGGGAAAAGGAACGCACAGGUUCAUUUAAAUGUUGACACUGUUGGGAUUUAUUUGUGUCUGAUGUCUUUCUCUCUGUCUUUGCCUAUUGCAUUUUCAGUCUGAUUCUGAAAUAAUGAACAUUGGAAACAUGUAGCUUUCACUUGUAAACGCCUCUUUGUGUUAGAUUCUUUAAAAUGCACUUAAUAGUUCUGAAUUGUUAGUAAUAAUUUUAAAUAUUAUUAUUACUACUACUUGAAUAAUAACGGAUAAUAGUAAUAAGUCUGAUGAUUGCGCAACACUUACUAAACAAUGCUGUAAUUAUCUUUAACCAAGUCUAAUUAUAAAUAAAAUCUGGUAAAAUCA